AUGGAUACAAUCACAUCAACAGAACCUGUCGACCGGUCGACAAAUGCGCCUUCGAUUCUGGCUGUCAAUGGAGUCUUUUGCGGCGCUGCUGUCGUGGUGAUGGCGGCGAGGAUGUAUGUUCGGGCUGUAAUGUUGAAGACAUUGGGCAUUGACGAUUGGCUUAUCCUUGCGGCGACGAUCUGUGGUGUUGGUGUCUUCACUUGCUUCGUUGGGGAAACUCACAAUGGCAAAGGGAUGCACACAAAGUCAAUCAGGCCAGACGAGUACAUCAGAUUAAUGCACUGGACUUACUUUCACUCACUGAUCGUCACUGUUGGAAUCUCACUCGUCAAACUUUCUGUUGCAUUCUUCUUGUUGAGGCUCGCUGCCGGGAAGGGUCACCGAAUCUUCCUUUAUUGUGUUAUCGCUUUCUUGGCCGCUUUCACUUUGAGCAGUGCUGGGACCAUCGCAUUUUCAUGCCUACCGAUUCGAGCCAGCUGGGAUGCAGCGAGUGAGCCAAAUGCAAAGUGUUUUUCAAUCCAAACAUUCACCGAUAUUGGCCUGUUCAAUAGCAUUGUCAACAUCAUCACUGAUGUGCUUUUCGCUUCACUUCCAAUCCCAAUCGUUUGGAAAUUGCAAGUGAACAUGCGAACCAAAAUCUCUCUCAUUGGUAUCCUCUCCCUCGGAUACUUCGCCUGUGUCUGCUCUAUUGUCAAGACAACGCUCCAAGUGAAGGUGUUAUCCAAUCCAGAUUCCACAAGAGACGACAAAUACAGCAUCUGGAAUGCCAUUGAGCUCUACGUCGGUCUACUGGCAGCCUCGCUUCCUGCCCUCCGUCCUCUCUUCAAGACUAUGCUCGACCUCCGUACACGCGCCACAAACAGUUCGAAUGCACAACGACACAAAUAUUACAUGCAUGAAGAUGCUAUUGGAAUGAACAGUCUGCCAGGCCAAGGGACGAGAAGCUCGAAGUAUAAUGUACGAGUAACGACACGCAAUCAGCCAACGAGGAGUGCCUUGGGAAGGAGCACUCAAAAUACGCAAAGCGAAGAAGACUUUGCCAGCAAAGGAGAUGCGGAUUCUCUGGAUGAUAUCUUGCCUAUGCAGGGUCGAGAACUGGGUAUUACGAAGACGGUCAACAUCAGUGUCACAUAA